UCCUGUGAAGGUUUAACACUAAUGUAAAAACACUACUCAUCAUUCUGAGGACCACACCUCAUAUUGUGAAGACAUACUGUCAGACACAACUAAUAAUGGAUUCUGAUGACAUUUAUCAAAAUGUUGAACGCAGAGAUAUUGUGGACACAACUGGACCUCAAACACUGAAUCACAGCAAGGAUGAAGGAAAAGAUCAAAAGUGCAGAGGAAGCAGGUGUUUGGUGUUGAUGACAGUGUGUCUCGGGAUCAUUUGUGUUGUUCUGCUGGUCUUCAUCAUACUGCAGCACAUCUCCAACACAGCAGAGAGAGAAUCUCUGUUCAAGAGUUACAAGAACACAGUUGAAGAGUUCAAUCAGACCAUCAACAGAUUACAGCACAAUUACACUGAACUAAUGACUGAAAAAGACCAACUGAAGAACAACUUCAGCUCUCUGAGUCAGAAGAAACUGGAGCUGGAGACCAGAGUCACGUCUUUGAGUAAUACACUGGAGACAAAAGCUUUUAAAGGAUGUCUGUGCAGAUUAGAUGGCUUGUUUAUCUCUAAUAAUAAGAUGAGCUGGUCUGACAGCAGGAAGUACUGCAGGGAUCGAGGUGGUGAUCUGGUCAUUAUCAAAACUGAAGAGAAGCAGAGAUACAUAUCUUCAUUAGUCAAGGACAAUGUGUGGAUUGGUUUGACUGACAUUCAGGCAGAUGGGAGUUUUACUUACUCAAACAUGUUCUAA